AUGGCGGUCGAUUCUCGGCCUCAUACCCAGCUAGAUGCAGAGGCACAUUCGCAAGCUCACAACAACAACCCACGGCCGAGUCCUUCCAGCUCUUUCCGAUGGCGCAGUCCGCCGUCACAGCCCGAUAAUUGGUUGAAGAGGAAAUGGGCAAUCUUUGUUGUAUUGGCCUUGGCAUGUUGGUCAUUCUAUGUAGUCGCAGGUCGGGUCUGUACGCCCAUGAUCCGUAGGUAUUCGUCUACGGGCUUAGGAAGGUCAACUGGAAUCGGAACUCUUGUCGGUUUCAUAAUCUUCUGGCUUUUCAUGACGAUCACGUAUUUGAGGAUGCUUUUCACGAGCCCAGGUCUUGCUCCCAAGCAUGUGGCCAAAUCCCCCGAGCCAGAUCUUUCCGAGUAUCGCCUCGAAGACUUUACGCCCACGGCAGCCUCCAACAGACCCUUCGCCGACCUUUCCGAUGCUCCAGAGCCAUCCGAGCUCGCACCGAUCGGUAACCUCGUACGUGACACUCUUCACGGUCAGAGGAUAUCGUCAGAAUCCGGAACAGAAGUCCCACUGAAGACGCAGAAGAGCGUAAGGGAUUGGCGAACGGUGGAAAGACCUGUACCGGCUGUCUUGCCCAACCUGAGAUGGUGUCGCCAUUGCGAGAUCAUCAAGCCUCCUCGGACCCGUCAUUGCAGGCAUUGUGGAGUGUGUAUACUGCAAUAUGAUCAUCAUUGCCUCUGGAUCGGACAAUGCGUUGGCUGGGGCAAUCACAAGUCGCCGGGCAUGGACGGCCAAGUUUUGGCUUUGAUAAUCCUGUCUGCUCUUUUUGGUCUCUUCACUUUCUCGAUGUGUGCGGCACAUAUAAAUCUUAUCGUGACGGGAAGAACGACGGUCGAAUCUUAUUCCAGAAGGGAUCAACAUGAUGCGGAAAGUCGGAUAUUGCAGCAAGAAUACGGAUACUUCUUCCACAAUAGCGAGAGAAGGAAGGUACAGAAGAAAUGGCGCGAAGAGUGGGGAAAUACUCCGGUAGAUGCUAGAUGGGUCUUUGGAACACAGAGGGAAUUAUGGGAGCAGGAGAUGGGUAAAUCUCCUUUAGGUUGGAUACUGCCUAUCGGUAGGCCUUUGGGAGAUGGUCUACACUAUGGGAGUAAUCCACGCUUUGGUCCAAACGGGGAAUGGUUGAAGAAAAAGGAUUGGCCAAAGGAGUUACAGACAUAG